AUGUCUUUAAGUGAAACAUAUUUAUUAGCUUCUAAAGUUAGAAGUAAAUUAACCAAAGAUGCAGCCAAUGCUAAAAUAUCAUUAAGAAAUUUAGUUACCCAAGCUAAUAUGUUAGAUAAUUUAAUGGAUCACAUACAAAUUGAAAAUGAAAAGAGAUUAACUAAUUUGAAUAAAGUUAAAUUCGAUUUAUCAUCAAAGAAACCUGAAAGAUCAAAUUUAUCAUAUGUUACUCAAGUUAAUGAAUAUGAAAUUGAUGAAGAAAGUGAAAGUGAUGAAGAUGAUGAUUAUUAUUACUCAUCUGAAGAAGAAGAUAGUGACUAUGAUGCUGAUGAAGAAAUUGAAAUGCCAUCCUUCAAAUUAUCAACAAUUGAAGAAGUUGAUGAUGAAAAUUUACCAGAAUUAACUAUUAGUUCUGAUGAAGAUAGUGAUGAAGAGAUUUUAAUAACACCUAAUCACUCAUUAUUCAAAAAUACUAAUAAAAAAUUAAGCCAUCCUAUAAUACCAAUAACGGAGAUUUAUAAUUAG